AGGCGGCUCUUUGUCGAAGCUAGAGGACCGGCAGGCGGCAGCAGCAACUACGGCGGCGGCGGCAGGUGAGGGAGGCGGGAGACUUAGGUGGAGGCCGCGCCCGGAGGGGAGGAGUCGGGGCCGGCCCAGCAGCUGGGCUCGGCUGGGCUACACAAGGCCCCCCAGGACCGAGCUGGUUCUUCCUCAUGCCCCAGGGCCGAGCCCUUUUUCUGACUGACCCUGCUUCGCGAGCAAACGCCAGCUCCGUGACGUCACAGCCCUGCCCAUCCCCGCAGCUUGAUGUCACCUGGAGUCCCCCCUUUCCGCUUCACUUGUGCUCCCUUAGUGUCCUUUUCGCCUGGUCCACGGCUGAGCGCGGGUCGCACUGCACAGAACCUAGCAAGCUGGAAGACUUGCUGCAUAAAACUCUUAGGACUUCUUUUCCAAACUCUGGGGUGUUGAGAAGCGUCAUAAUCACCGCCCCCAAGUCUAAUCAGCCAUCCCAUUGCCCUAACCCAGCAGUGAUGUGGAGGUGGAGACCCACAGGAGCCCCGGACUUCACCUGAGCUACCUCAGCGGUCACCAAGGGUGGCAAGAAGAGGAAGAAAGCCCUGAGUUGGGGGGGACCAGAAUGCCUGACCGGGACAGCUAUGCCAACGGCACCGGGAACAGCGGUGGAGGCCCUGGAGGAGGUGGCAGCGAGGAGACCAGUGGGGCAGGGGCAGGCAGUGGCGGGGCCAGCUCAGAUGCCAUCUGUAGAGACUUCUUGAGGAAUGUAUGCAAGCGAGGCAAGCGUUGCCGCUAUCGUCAUCCAGACAUGAGUGAGGUAUCCAACUUGGGGGUGAGCAAAAAUGAGUUCAUCUUCUGCCAUGACUUCCAGAACAAGGAGUGUAGCCGCCCAAACUGCCGAUUCAUCCAUGGCUCCAAGGAGGAUGAAGAUGGUUAUAAGAAGACAGGAGAGCUUCCCCCUCGGCUGAGGCAGAAAGUGGCAGCCGGCCUGGGCCUUUCACCAGCUGACUUGCCGAAUGGCAAAGAGGAGGUCCCUAUCUGCCGUGACUUUCUCAAGGGUGACUGCCAGAGAGGAGCCAAGUGCAAGUUUCGCCACCUGCAGCGGGAUUUUGAGUUUGAUGCUCGAGGUGGAGGAGGCACUGGUGGUGGUGGUGCAACAGGCCCAGUCCCCCCAGGACGACGUCACGACCUCUAUGAUAUCUAUGACCUCCCUGACAGGGGCUUUGAGGACCAUGAGCCAGGCCCCAAGCGCCGGCGAGGUGGAUGCUGCCCCCCAGAUGGCCCCCAUUUUGAAUCCUAUGAAUAUAGCUUGGCUCCACCCCGAGGGGUGGAGUGCAGACUGCUGGAGGAGGAGAAUGCCAUGCUCAGGAAGCGGGUGGAGGAGCUUAAGAAGCAGGUCAGCAACCUGCUGGCCACCAAUGAGGUACUGCUGGAACAAAAUGCCCAGUUCCGCAAUCAGGCCAAGGUCAUGACCCUGAGCUCUACUGCACCAGCAACUGAGCAGACUCUGGCCCCCACUGUGGGCACUGUUGCCACUUUUAACCAUGGCAUUGCCCAGACUCACACUACUCUCAGCAGCCAGGCUCUACAGCCUCGCCCUGUAUCCCAGCAAGAACUGGUGGCCCCCACUGGAGCUCCAGCUGCUCCCCCAACUAAUGCUGCACCUCCUGCUGCUCCACCACCCCCACCCCCACACUUGAACCCAGAGAUCACGCCAUUGUCAGCUGCUCUGGCUCAAACAAUUGCCCAGGGAAUGGCACCCCCACCUGUCUCCAUGGCUCCUGUGGCUGUAUCUGUGGCUCCUGUGGCCCCAGUGGCUGUAUCGAUGGCCCAACCCUUGGCAGGAAUCACAAUGAGCCACACCACCACUCCCAUGGUGACUUACCCCAUCGCUUCCCAGAGCAUGCGUAUCACAGCCAUGCCACACUGAUGGGGCUAAUGGACACUCCCCUGGUAUAGCCUCCCAGGGCUGGGGUCGAGGGGCCCUUACCCACUCGCCUAGCCCUCUCAGGCCCUGUCUGAAGGGCUCACUCAAGAACUAGGACAAGAGACUACAAGGAGUUUGCUUCUGAGAAAGGGUUGGGCUGGUCUGUUUUCUCUCACCUCCCUUUUAUGAGGGUCCUCUUGUCCAUCUUCCUUCAAGCCUCACAGAGGGGGCUUUCAUAGGAGUGCAGACUGAAGCCAGCAGAGAGGAAGGACUGACUGAGGGGCUGUAUGUACCCUGAUGGGAAGAUGGGGACAUCCCUUGUCUUGUCCUCUCUUCUGCAUAGCACAGGUUCCAGCACUGGCUUUGGAAGGAAAAAAAAAAAAAAACCCUGCCCAGAGGGAAAGCCAGGAGAGAUUGGGAAGUGGGUGGCCAGGAGAGAAGGCCUAAUAGGAGCCUUCAGACAAUUGGGGGUCUAGUUGAGUUGGAGAAUACAGGAAACUGUUCCUGGGCCCAAGGGAAGGUGGGGACCAUAGUACUCCAGUCCGAAGACUAGGGGAGCAUUCAUUACCUUGGCUUGGCUUGGCAAUCCAUAGGGCAGGGCCCACCACUUUCCAAAGAAAUAAAAAAAGAAUUAUUUUUAACAAA